CAGAUAAAGAAGCAGCCGGAGGAGGAGGAGGCGGGAAAGAGGAAGGGAAGAGGAGCAGGAAAAGGAGGAGCCACAAGCGCACAGCUCGCUGUAACUGCAGCCCCGGCGCCCUGGGAGCAUCGGUCCUGCUCUCCGCAUCCCGCAGGACUUAUCAUUCCCUAACUUUGGCCAGAUGGAGAAGGAGACUGCGAGGAAGAGGAAGAUGCUCUGGGACACCCAGGCAGGGAAUGACCUGCCCACAGAGGCUAGGGAAGACAAAUCCCCAUGUCGGAACCUCGUGGAAGAGGCUGCUUUAAGCAGCUCCACAGCACAGGAAGUCAGCAAGGAGGAAAAGCCCUGGAGAUCCCCCACGGGGUGCAGCUUCAAACCCAGCCCAGGGAGCUCUGAGGAGGAAAGACCCACCCUGAGCCGGGAAGGCAGCCAGAACUUCAGCCAGAGCUCAGAGCUGGUGAUCCAUGAGCAGCUUCCUGACAGGGAGAAGCCCUACAAGUGCUUGGAGUGUGGGAAGAGCUUCAGCUGGAGCUCCCACCUGAUCCGGCACCAGAGGAUCCACACUGGGGAACGGCCCUACACGUGUGGGGAGUGUGGGAAGAGCUUCAGCCAGAGCUCUGACCUGGUGGUCCACCAGCGCCUUCACACAGGGGAGCGCCCCUACAAGUGCUUGGAAUGUGGAAAGAACUUCAGCAAGAGGUCCAGCCUCACAUACCACCAGCGCUUCCACACUGGGGAGCGGCCACACGUUUGCUUGGAGUGUGGGAAGGGCUUUAUCCAGAGCUCCCACCUCAUCAGCCACCGCCGGCUGCACACCGGGGAACGGCCCUAUAACUGCUUGGAGUGUGGGAAGAGCUUCAACCGCAGCUUCAGCCUUGUCAUGCACCAACGCGUCCACACUGGGGAGCGGCCCCACGAGUGCCACGAGUGUGGGAAGAGGUUUCAGAGCAGCUCCGAUCUCCUCCUGCAUCAGCGGAUGCACGCGGGGGAGAGGCCCUUCCGCUGCUCGGACUGCGGGAAGGGUUUCAUCCGCAGCUCUGACCUGGUCAAGCACUGGCGCGUCCACACUGGAGAACGGCCCUACACGUGUGGGGAAUGUGGGAAGGGCUUCUCCCAGAGCUCUGCUUUGGCCUCACACCAGCGGACCCACUGGUAAGAGAAGCCCUACAAGCGCUCCAGCUGCGGGAAGAGCAUUGGAGGAUCCGUGCUGGGCAGAGCAUGGGGUGACCCAUGUUCCUGGUGAUCCACAUGGGAAGGCAUCUGGCUUGUGGUCUCCACAUCCUUCGGGUUCCCCAUAGGCACCUGGAUGAGCACAGGGGUAAGAACAUCCACUGGGACACAGACUGAUGGUGGAAAUUCAUUGGGAAGAGUGGAUUUGUUGACUUUAGACCCCAAAAAAUCUCAUCUGCUCCAUCCAAUGAUUUCUUCCUCUGGUAUCAAGCAACACUGGAUGAUCUUUAGGGUCAUUUCCAACCUAAAUAAUUCCACGAUUCUAAUUCUCUCUGGCCCAUGGGUGUCUUGCACAGCCAAAUGGCGAUGGACUGGGGCAAAGACCAAAAUUUUGAACACAAUAGGGUAGAGACCCCUCUUAAAAAGGCUCUUCCACCCACCCAGGCCAACUCCAUGGACACUCACAUGAUGCUGACAUAUAAAUCUUUUUAUUUUGGCCUUGAUUUUCUUUUGAUUCAUGUUUAUCCCUUAAAAACAUCCAAGGUUAGGGUAAAAAAAUUGAAUAAAACCUCUGAACUGCCAA